GUUAUGCCCCUAUCAGAAACCAGAACACGAAGUACUCAGUGGCGUGAUUGUAACAACCAUCCAAGAGGAUCAGCAAUACGACAACGGCAAAAUGUAGAGAACAAUACCAGCGUUUCUGCAAUCUUUGCUGGUACACCUCAGAGCUCAGAAGGUAACCAAGGAGAGGAUAACCAUGCUUGUUCAUUAAGCUGGGAUAUCUCCAUGUGUCCAAAUGAUAGUCCAAGACAUGAGGCUUCAUCGCAUCAUGAUACCUCUACUGGUGCCACGCACUUCUUUGUAGAUGAGCUCGGGGCAGUAAGGUCAUACACGUUUGGACGUGAAAGCAGAGGUUUUGAAAAUUCUUUGGAUCAUCCUCCAAGUUCAGAACAUGUCCAAAGUUCAUGGGAUCAUCAGUCCGACUUUCGCAGUUCCCCUUCAGAUUGGCACAAUGCAGCACAGGGUACAACAGAUGAGCCACCCCAGCAAAGACAGCCAGUCAUAUUGCAGAGGAUGCGAAUUAGAAGAUAUUCAGAAACACAUCAAGGUAGGGUUGGAAAUCGUGUAUCAGCUGUUAAAGUAAUAGAGGAAAAGUCCAAAUGGAGACAGUCCUACAGGUUUUGGAUUUUACCUGGCAAAUGGGUGGAAAUCCAUUAUGAUCGCUUGGCUUUGCUGACUUUACUUGACAGGAAUCAGGAGAUCGGAGAAAAUGUAUUGGCUGUUUGCUUGGCUGUUCUUGUUGCCCUUCUUGGAUUCAGUCUCCUUAACCAAGGGUUUUUCAAGGACCUGUCGGUCCUGCACUUCUGUCUGGUUAUUGCAAGCUGUCAGUAUUCCCUGUUAAAAAGUCCUCAGCCUGACCCAGGAUCACCUGUGCAUGGUCACAACAGAAUUGUCGCAUACAGUAGAUCUAUUUAUUUUUCAAUCUGCUGUAGCAUUGUGUGGGUUUUGGAUCUCGGCAGUAAGUCCACUCAGCUUCCAACUUCUACUCUAUAUGGAAUCAGAUUAAUAUCUCCAGAAAAUUUUGCUAUUGCUAGAGAUUUUAUUAUCGCGUUCACACAGUGUUUCCCUGUCAUUUUCCUACUGGGUCUUCUUCCACAAAUAAAUACUUUUCUGACAUACUUGCUGGAACAAAUAGACAUGCACAUCUUUGGUGGAUCUGCUACAGCAGGGCUAAUCUCAUCGCUGUAUGGCUUUUCCCGCAGUUUACUUGCUGUAUCGCUGCUGUAUGCAUUAUGUAUUGGCACAAUAAAGAGACCAUGGGAUGCUCAGCAUAUUCUAGUGUUAUUUUCAGCUUAUUGUGGACUGCUGGUUGCUUGUUCCUAUCACCUCAGCAGACAAAGCAGUGAACCAGCAGCAUUGAUGUCCCUAAUUCGCUGUAAGUUGUUCAAUGAGUUGGAUGUCCAGAAUCCAGAGCAUCUGCUGUCAGGAAACAAAGAUGUUCUUCCUGAAAAACUGACGAAUUCUGUGAGAGAAGUCUUGAAGUCCGACCUUGUUAUGUGUGCAGUAAUUACCCUUCUAACUUUUGCAAUCAGUGCAACUACUGUUUUCCUUUCAUUAAAGCCCUUCCUUGAUAUUGUGUUGUGUGCUUUGGCUGCAACAGUUGGAUUCUUGACUCACUAUCUGCUCCCCCGGCUUCGAACACAAGUUCCAUGGUUUUGCUUUGCGCAUCCUUUGCUUAAAACAAAGGAAUAUCGACAGUUUGAAGUCCGAGAUGCAGCCCAACUCAUGUGGUUUGAGCAAUUGUACGUUUGGCUUCUUUGUUUGGAGAAGUACGUUAUUUACCCAGCUGUGGUGCUCAACGCACUCACCAACGACGCUUUCUCUCUCAGUAGUCAGAAGAAGCUUGAUUCUCAGCUGUGGGACUUGCUGCUCAAGCUGCAGUUUAUUAUGACCUACAUUGCCCCUUGGCAGAUUGCUUGGGGUUCAGCCUUCCAUGCUUUUGCACAUCCCUUUUCUGUACCUCAUUCAGCUAUGCUCUUCAUUCAAGCUCUUUUAUCCUCAUUUUUUUCCACUCCUCUUACACCAUUCCUUGGCAGUGCCAUUUUCAUGAUGUCCUACGCUAGACCAGUAAAGUUCUGGGAGAGGAAUUACAACACCAAACGAGUGGAUCAUUCAAAUACAAGACUGGAUUCACAAAUAAACAGAAGUACUGGGGCUGACGAUAACAACUUAAACUCCAUCUUCUACGAGCACAUGAUGAGAUCAUUGCAGCAGAGCUUGUGUGGUGACUUGAUCCUGGGUCGCUGGGGAAGCUACAGCACGGGUGACUGCUUCAUCUUGGCCUCGGAUUACCUCAAUGCCCUAGUUCAUUUGGUAGAGAUUGGCAACGGCCUUGUAACUUUUCAGCUCAGAGGACUUGAAUUCAGAGGUACAUAUUGCCAUCAGAGGGAAGUUGAAGCAAUAACAGAGGGUGUUGAGGAUGAUGAGGGCUGCUGCUGUUGCUGUGAACCAGGACAUUUGCCUCACAUGUUGUCAUUCAAUGCAGCUUUCAUCCAGCGCUGGCUGGCCUGGGAAGUUACAUCAUCUCAAUAUGUACUGGAAGGCUACAGCAUCAGUGACAACAAUGCAGCAUGUAUGUUGCAGAUGUUUGACCUCAGAAAGAUGCUUAUCACCUAUUAUGUAAAGAGCAUAAUAUAUUACUUGAUUUGUUCUCCAAAACUGGAAGACUGGUUACGCAAUGAAUCCAUACAGGAAGCUCUGCAUCUGUGCACAGCGUGGAAUUAUGUUGAUAGGGACCCAGGAGUUUUUAAUGUGAACAUUGAUGAAGACUAUGAUCAUUGUCUCAAGGGAAUCUCAAGAGCCAGCUUCUGUAAUGCUUAUUUAGAAUGGAUUCAACACUGCACCGGUAAAAGGACAAAGCCUGUGAGAAGUGAUGGGGAUUCUCCACUCGUAACCCUUUGUUUCAGCCUUUCUAUUUUUGGCAGAAGAGCUUUGGGAACCGCAACGCAUAACAUGUCCAUCAGCUUGGAAUCAUUUCUGUAUGGCCUGCAUGCGUUAUUUAAAGGAGAUUUUAGAAUCACCGCCAAGCAGGAAUGGAUCUUUGAAGACAUAGAUCUGCUGCAUAAGGUCGUUGCCCCAGGAAUCUGAAUGUCCCUGAAGCUUCACCAGGAUCACUUCACUUCAUCCGAUGAAUAUGAGGACCCUGAGAUUCUGUACAGUGCCAUCAGCAGCCAUGAGCAGACAAUGGUCAUCUGUCACGAAGGAGAUCCACUAUGGCGCCAGUCCAUCCUGUCAAACGCAGAGGCUUUACUCGCACUCCGACAUGUAGUCGAUGAUGGAGUUGAUGAAUACAAGAUAAUUAUGCUCCAUCGUCGUUAUAUCAGCUUUAAAGUAGUGAAGGUAAAUAAAGAAUGUGUGAAAGGUCUGUGGGCAGGACAGCAACUCGAGCUGGUGUUCCUCCAGAAUCGCAACCCAGAGCGAGGCAGCAUUCAAAAUGCUAAGCAGGCCUUGAGAAACAUGAUCAAUUCCUCAUGCGAUCAGCCAAUUGGCUAUCCAAUUUAUGUCUCACCCCUUACAACAUCCUACGCUGGAUCACACAAGCAGCUCAAGAAUAUCUGGGGAGGUCCAAUCAGUUUGGAGAAUCUCAACAUGUGGUUCACUUCCAGGUGGCAGAAAUUGCGCAAGGGCUGUACCGGAGGUAACAUUGAUGAUUCAGAUUGUGGAGGAGCUUCCUCGGCUAGCAGCAACAACUACGCUGGGAACACAACUCAGAGCGUCAGCUCCAAGCAAACAACGGCCUGGAGGCCACACGCAGUAGCUUCGUUGACUGCUCACCAGGCCAGGGAACGGAGGGAACAGAGGAGCUGUCCAGUGCAAGCUCGUUCAUCUCCUUCAGAGAUCCAGCGACCACCUGCUACAAGUCAGUCAGGGUCAUUGCUAGAAACAGAGCAAUCACCUUCACAGGCAUCAACAUCCAUCCAAGGCUUUGUUCAACUGUCAUUCAAUAAUUCAAUUGCUUCUAUGUUAUCUGAAGUACCUCACCUUUCCACUGCCAGUCAGCUCAGUAGCCAGGGCCGUUCAUGUACACAGAACAGGCGCAGCAUCACCACCUCCUCGAGCUCUACCCUUAGCCUCUUGUUCGGGAAAAGAAGUUUAUCCAGUGGACUUGUGAUAUCUGGGCUCUCAGCAGCAGAAGAAGGGAACACAACUGACACCCAGUCAACAAGCAGCGUCAACAUUGCAAUUGGACCAUCAGUCAGCCAUGGGAGCCAGAUGACACGGGUAACACCACAGUUCUUCACCUCUACUCUAAAGGGUCUUUGUAAAGCUCAUGCCCAGAAGUUACCUUUAUUCACCUUUGGGACAUGGGUGCCCUUGGCAAGGGCAACUACCUGUUCCUAAUUUCCCUUUAAAAAGGUGAUGAUGGUGAACGAUUGGUAUUGGUACAUCUAGAGUGCUGUUAGGUAGGCUCUGUGAUUUUGAUUCUGCCAAUGAAAGAAUGGUCAUAUAUCUCUGAGUCUGGAUGGUAUGUCACUGAGAUGGGAAUUUGCAUAUUAUGGCAUUUCCUUGUACCUGCCCUUUUCUUUCCAGGUGGUCCACACUGAGAGUUUGGAAGGGACUGUUGAGGAAGCUUUGGUGAGUUGCUGCUGUACGUUUUGCAGCCACAGUGCUGUGGAGAAGGGAGUGAGUUUUCUUUGAGGUUACUUGGCCAUGGAAUGUGGGUGGCACUGAUCUUGCCAGUUUUUAUUGUCCACCCCUAAUUGCCUAGAGGGCACUUAGGAGUCAACCAAAUCGCUGUGGGUCAGGAGUCACAUAUAGACCAGAAAAGGUAAAGACAGCAGAUUUCCUUCCCUAAAUGACAUUAGUAAACAAAAUGGGUUUAUAAGACAAUCGAAAGUGGUUACAUUAUUGCAAUUAAACCAACUUUUUAUUGCAGAUUUUUAUUGAAUUCAAAUUUCACCAACGCCAUGAAUGAGAUUCGAACCCAUGCCGCCAGAAUAGCCUAGAAUUCUGGAGUUUGAGUUCAGUGACAUUACCACUUUCGCACCAUAUUUAUGGUGGGGUGCCAAUCAAGUAGGUUGCUUUGUCGUCAGUUCAAGUCACUCUUUUGUAAUAGGGAUCAUUUUGUUUGUUCUGCAGCUUACAACUGCAUCACAGCUUGGGCAGACACAUUGAGUACUUACAAGGAUGGUGGGCAGACCGUCAGUGUGGCUCACCUUUCUCCUCUCAGCUGAAGGAGGGUGGGGAUGGGUGAAUGAAAUGAGGGAAAUGAAAAGUACCUCAAAAUUAGAUAAGUUGAUAAAGCUCAGUGCCAAUAAUAAUAACAGAUUCCUGUAGCUAUAAUAACAGAUCUGUUAGCAAACAUAAAUCACCUCAAAUUGCUGUGAAUCAAAUUAAUGCAGGGAGGAAUUAUGGCUCUCUUUUUGCACCUAAGACACUCCCCUUUGCUUCCCCUAUCCAAAUAUUUUACAGUCAAUGAAGUACUUUCUGAAAUGUGAUCAUUUUUGUAAUGUGGGGAAACAGCAAUCUACAUUGCAUUACAGCUCACCUGCUGUGUAUAAAUUCAGACACCUGCCAGUCCUGAUAUGAUUAGUGUGGUUUUCAUGCAUAUGGAGACAGUGAUGGGGAAAACUGAAAUGAGAACAAAAAUGUCAGAUAUAUUGCAAUCAGGGAAGAGAAUAUACAUUUACAUUGUUGUUUGUGUAAUCAUCAAACUUGGAUAUGUGGCUUCCUAUCCUCUUUUCUGAAGCACUGAUAAAUAUGGUGAGUAGUGGAGGAUCCAAUUCAGAUCCCUGUGGGACAUCACUUAUCACAUCCUAAAGAGAUCAAAAAAGGCUUGUUGAUCAAAACCCAACUACCUAUUUUCAAGAAAUAUACAAAGUAGAAACAGACUACCCAGUCCAGCUCUUCCUCCACCCAUCCUACUUCUUCCUAUUUCUAUUUCCUCAUUUGCUUGUCCAUCUUUCCCUUUAAGGCAUCUGUGCUAUUCGCCUCAACUACUUGUUUAGACAGUUCCACAUAUCCAAUGAUUGUUAAGUAAAUAAAUUUCUUCUAAAUUCCCUAUUGGGUCUUACACUUACAGCAUGACUCGUAGCUUAUCUUUGCCUCCUUUACUGAACUUCUGUAUAGUUUAUAACUUCCUGUUUUUAACUUUGAUGCUGUUACAGAGGGGGAAUAGCCAAACCCCCCGAUAAUUAAACUAAAACACAAGAUCCAAUCUGUUACGACACAGGGGCUCCCUCUAAUAAUUACCCCCUGGAACACCCAGAGAAGCUCGCCUUUCCCCUCAUAAUCUGUUAAAAGUUGUUAAAAUAAAAGACAAUCUCUGAUCU